AUGCUCUUGGAGGACCAGCGGUAUGUCCAAGAGGACUUGGAACGUCUGGAACAGGGCAUAACUGAUCGCAUGAGCCACGAGCCGACCUUUAUACGAGACCGGUUAAAUCGCGAUCAUGAAGUUGCGCAGCUGCUCGAACAGAUACAAAAACAAUCCUCCGAGCUCAUCUCCAUGUACGAGGAUGUCAACGGGCUACGAUCAAAAGAGAUUCAGGCUAUUGGCUCGGGAGAUCCAUUCGAUGAAUUUUACAAGCAAGUUGAGGAGAUCAAGGAGCAUCACGCCAAAUACCCGGCUGAACAAGCAGAGAAUCCUGAGCUGAGGUACCGACCCGGACGAGAUGGGCCCGAUUCCACACAGCCAUAUGUGGUCGAUACGAUAUUUUCGGGCGAAGAGGCCUUUGGCAAAUUCCUCGACCUUUUGGCCGCUCAUGAAGCUUACAUAAACCUCCCCAACGUCAAACACCGGUCCUAUCUGCAAUAUCUCGAGAUUUUCGAUGACUUUGCGCCUGGAGCGGGAGGUGUUAAACGUGCGGAUAAGCUGACGGAUCAGUACUUCAAGUACGUGGGGGAUCUGGCCGAGUAUCUCGAGUCUUUCAUGCGGAGAACGAGGCCACUUGAGAAUCUCGACAAGCUCUUUGCCUCGUUCGCAGAAGACUUUGAAAAGCUUUGGGAGAAAGAUGAGGUACCACAUUGGGGACUGGAGAAACCAGAGGCCAAUGGGUCUGCACCACAUGCUACCAGCACAGCAGAGGCAGUAUGGUGUGACGCAUGCGAGAAGGAGUUCAAGAACGAGAAUGUCUACAAAAACCAUCUUCCUGGUCGGAAACAUGUCAAGGCCGCCGAGCAGAAGGCCAAGAGGAUAGAGGAGAACGGCGAGGGCUCUGAAGAAGCCAACACGGACGGCCCCGCCAAGGGCAAGAAGGAAUCGGCCAUCCGCCUGAAGGAACGCGCUGUAGCGGAACGAGAAUAUCGAGUAACUCGAUUAACAGCGGCGAUGAAGACGGAGCGGGACGAGACAAAGGUCAACGUGGAGCGUAGGCAAGGCAUGACGGAACGAGAGCGACAGCAAGAGCUGGAGAACCUUUACAACAUAAUGGGAAGUGCCAUCACCACUUAUGGUGCUGGUGGGGCCAAUGGGCACCAGGGUGGCGAGGAUGACGAGGAUGAGGGCGAGGACGGAGAGGAGAAGAUUUACAACCCCUUGAAGCUGCCACUAGCUUGGGAUGGUAAACCGAUCCCAUUCUGGCUGUACCGGCUUCAUGGUUUGGGCGUUGAGUUCCCCUGCGAAAUCUGUGGCAAUUUUGUCUACAUGGGCAGACGGGCAUACGAGAAGCACUUCAAUGAGGCGCGGCACAUCUACGGUCUCAAGUGCCUUGGUAUCACCAACACUUCACUCUUCCGCGACAUCAUCAGCAUCGAGGAGGCCCUCAAGUUAUGGGACAAGAUACAGCGCGAUCGCAAGCGUAAUAUGGGUGACGAUGGUAGCAUUGUACAGAUGGAGGAUGCCGAGGGCAACGUGAUGCCGGAGAAGGUGUACUACGAUCUUCAGAAGCAGGGACUGCUUCUAGUCGCUUCCUUCGUGCGCGCCUCGAUUUGGGCGCCAAACAUCGCGCCAAUGGACGUUUUCUUUUCGACACCCAGCAACCAAACAGACGGCGUGGUUGAUGGUCGUGCAGGGUCUUUUGAAACAAUGACCACUCCUGGAUUCAUACUGCUUCGUUUUUCUCUGUUUCCCCGCAGAUCGGACUUACUGCAGUGCUCCUCAAACGACGUGUCUUUAUGGUGUUCCGUUGUACUGUUCAUCCCGCAAACCACUCCCGGCACCACUCUUGACUGUCAAUCAGUGUUCCACCCUUACAUUUCAAGAGGCCAACCAGGCAGAAGAAGUCUUUGCCACUGGAACUCUCCAUAUUUGGGGAAAGCUCCCAACGAUGCCCGACAAGUUGGGAAGUCCCUGCCCUAUUGGCAUGAACGGGGGCGAAAGCCGCGUCCCGCACGUCCGCCCCCGGACCAACAUAAUUUUCACUGCCUCCUUCUCGUGUCUUCCCUUCAGACCUUUGUCCCAAGGCCCGUAUGGCGUUUUCCGUACAAUUCGUCCAGUAUCAAGGGAGAUCAUAACCCGCACAACACGGCCAUGGACUUCUACAAGGAAAAGGCGACGCAACUAUUACUUGAGCACCGGGAGGCACACACAAACCCGGAAUUUUCUCCUCUGGCUUGCAGCUGCCAGUGUACUAAAUUCCCCAAAGAUGGCACUUUUACAUAUAAAGAGAUCAACCAUGUCAUGGCACGCAUCGUCGACGAGAACGGGUCGGUGGACCUUGUCAACGCACUAAUCAGGAUGGGAGCCGAUGUCAACGUCACACGGCGAAGUUCAACAAGCCUCUGGAAGAAGGUAGCCAGACGACAUCAGACUCCAGAACGCAGCGAUCUGCUCCAGGUCGCCACGGUACGAUGCCGGCCCCAGCUUGUAGAGGUUCUCGCCGCCCAGGCAGACCAAGCCAACCUCGACAAUGCUCUCCGAUAUGCAAUACUGCGUCGAGACCUUCAUGUCCUCCAAGUCUUGCUAGACGCCGGCGCAGACCCGGCAGAGCUGCAUGAUGAUUUUGAAAAGGCAGUCAUGCUCGGCGAAACGGAACCAAUAGCGCUCCUCUUGGCAGGUCCAAAAAAGCCCUGUACCGACUGCAUAUCAGGAGCGUUGACCGUGGCGAUCAAGGAUGGCGCCUCCAAGAUACUUGAAUUGUGUAUGGCAGCCGGCGCCGAUCCGAACCAUCUCGGCGGUCAGGCUUUGGUUGCUGCGGUUGAGGCCAAGAGAAGUGACUACCUUGAGAUUCUUCUGUCAAGCCGCCGUGGGAGGCCAGCCACGAUGGCCUCCCUAGAUGCAGCACUCGGUGUCGCUCAUCAACACUUGUGCCGGCAGGACGAUGAGACUUUCCGAGAACUGCUUGAGAUGUGCCUGCUCUCCGGUGCGGCUGGCGAGCGAACUGAACGACUUUUCACCUCGGGCCUCGUCAACUGCGUCAAAAAGAAGAACCAACGGCUCCUGGACCUCAUCUUGCAAUAUACGCAGCCGAUCGAUCCGUACCAUACUCUGGCUGUAUUGGAGGCCAUCAAAACCUACCAGACAGUGAUUCUCGCACAACUCCUCAGGCUGAAGCCUUCAGAGGAUUGCCUUGUUGCUGCUAUGUCUCAAGGAAUGCGUGUUGCGGAUAGCGAGGUUAUGUUCGAAAUCAUCGCCUUGUUAUUGUCGCUCGGCGCCAGAGGGCCAGCAGUCUCUGCCGCUUUUGUCACCUGUGUCGGUCUUCUUGGCAACAACUUCGAUCUGCUACAUGUUGAGCUUGGCAGACUUCUCUUGGAGCAGGGCGACGCGGAUGUAAACUACGACGACGGAGCGGCUCUUCGAAUAGCAAUCUCGGCGAGUCUCAUGGGAAUAAUAUGCGACAUCAUGGACAGGCGUCCCAACCAAGCCACCCUUGGAGCUGCACUACCAGUCGCCAUGGGCAUGGAACCGUCCAAGAGGCUCGAUGUUGUUGAAAUGCUGCUCAAAGCAGGAGCCAAUGGCCUGGUUGUUGAUUGUGCGCUGGUGGAUGCCGUGAACAGCGUACCCAGAGAUACGCCCUUGGUGAAGCUUUUGCUCACUCGUGCGUCGGUCAACCACCAGGGUGGCGAGGCUCUUGUCGGCGCUAUUCACAAUCAAGAUUUCGACAUUAUUGAGCUCAUUUUGGCUCAGCGGCCGGAUCGCGAGGCCAUGUCUGCCGCCGCAAAAGCCUCCUUCCUGCUCCCAAAAAACGAGAGGCGGGAGACUACCCGCGUCCUCAUUCCUAUGUUCCAUAGCGAGCACCUAAAUUUCUGCUUGAAACAGGCAAUCUUGUCAACAAAGAAAGACAUAGACCUCGUCGAACUACUUUUGGUUUCCGGGGCGGAUCCUCGCUGCGACGGAGGUACUUGUCUCAAGAUUGCCGCUUCUUCGUUUGAUGUCGCGCUCCUCGAGAUACUAGCCCAGAAGAUUGGCAAAGAUGGCCGAUUGUUUACCGAGAUAUUCGACCAUGUCAUCUCUCAGGGCGAGGAAUGGCUGGCACAGUCGCAUAUCGACGUUGUCGAACUAAUCCUACGUUUCGGCGCUUCUGGCAUAGUUUUGAGCAGGGCACUGAUCGACGCUGUGCAGGCAAUGUUCCCAGUAAGACCUGGCGGCAGCCCUAGAAGUCGAAGUCCACGAAGCCCGAUGAGCCCUUGUCGCCACUCCAGCGCUCCCCCAGAAGCCAUUCUCGAUUUGCUACUAGGCCACGGCGCCAGUACCAACUAUGAAAGUGGGAAAUCUGUCCAGUUGGUGGCAAGGAAUGGUGAUCGACACCUCCUGCGAAAGCUACUUGAUACCAAACACUGUGCUAGCCUGCAGACAGCCACCGCGGCUCUCUACGCUGCUAUCAGUGCUGGCCACACCGAGGCGCGGCUGCUUGAGCUUAUCGACGUCUUUGCCGACCAGUCCACCGUUGGUCCCGACUUUAGCAGUCAGGGGAUACACGAUGGGAUGUUACCACCUCUGUAUUUGUGCUUGGAGAAGUACCCUCACUCGACUGUGGUUAUGAACCGAAUCAUCAGCGCUGGCUGUGACUUGUCACAGACGGUCAGGAUAAAAUAUUCUCCCACGUCAAACGGAGAGGUCCAAGAGCAGUCAUCAGACUACGAAGCCGCGAAUGUGUUGAUUUGGGCUUUACUCCAGCCUUCCAGUAAAACGAGUUCUGCCGUGAUUGCACAGCUGGCCAAGCAAGGAACCGACGUCUCCUUUGUCACUGAAAAGAGCAAAGUGACGCCCCUGAUUGUCGCUGCCAAAACAAAUCGGCCAGAGCUAGUGGACGAGUUCCUCAGGCUUGGAGCUAGGGCAACGGUCCAAGAUUCGUUGGGGAGGUCCGCUCUCUUCUAUGCUGCGCGGAUGGGGAGUCAUGAAUCUGUUGUCUUGUUGCUAGACAAGAAGCUUCCCAUCAACGACGGUAGUCUGCACGAGGCUUCGCGCAACUUCCACGUCGACGUUAUGCUGAAGCUCAUCGAGGCUGGCCACGAUCCUGACUACAGGUCAAACAAGCACGGCGGUCAUACGGCACUUACCAUAAUGGCGAGCCGUGGUAUCAUCCCGGCCGACCCAGAAAGGGCAGAGGCGGCGGUGGACAUUCUCAAACGAUUCAACGCGAGCCCCUUGUUGAAGGUGCAUGGCAGGACUGCCGUGUUCAUGGCUUUGGAUAACAUUGUCGACAGUGCAGGACCGGAGCCAAUCACGACUCUGCUGCUAGAUCGACUCUUGUGGAAGACGCUCAACGAUGAAAAGAACGUGUACACCGAUCAGCAGGGAUACUCGUUUUCGCCGACCAUGUAUCUCAAAAAGGGCCUGUCUCGUGCGCACGAGUCGCAGCACGAGGUGCUAGUCUCUAUUCUCCGCGGCCAGGGUGCGAUAGAUCGAUUCUAUGCCAGCAUAGACGCAGAGCAGCAGCCGGUCGAUGCGGUCGGGAUGCCGGACGAGAUCCGCGAGCAGGAGAAGGAGCGGCGGGCUCGCAGGCUGCGGCAGCAGCGUGAAGACGACGACCACGCACGGCGGUUGCGCAUGGAAGAGGAGACGACCAUGCAUGAGCUCCGCCUCUCGGGGGCGCGGCGCUUUGCAGAGUACGAUCACACUGACAGACUGGCCGACCAGCAACGGCGGAACCGGGGUCUCGACCACGCCUUGGAUAUGCAGAUCGAGCUGGACAAGCAUCUCAACGCCAGCACUAUUCGAAAGGGGGAGGCAGAUACAAGUGCGGCGAUCGAGUGGAACAAGCACAUUGAUGGAGAGGAGAUGAGACGGCAAAAGACCGAGAGCGACUUUGAAUACCGCAUCCGCGGGCGCACAAUCCAGACAAUGGAGGAAAGGGCCGAGCUGGAGAUGCAAGGUGCGCGUUAUGCGCUCGAGGCGGAUAAGCGAGCAAGAGAGUUGGCCCUCAAGCACUGGAACUCAUCUCGUGUGCACGAGAUCAAUCUCCAAAACGCGCGCGGGGAGGCCGAACUCAACGUGUGGCAACGCAACGCGCUCGCCGACGGGGAGACGAGGGAUAUGAGAGAACGCGACGUCGUGCAGAGUGCGCGCGACGGCAGGGCCAUGAUGGACCGCUGGGCGCAACACAACAUGCAGGUAGUCGAGAAGGCCGGGCCCGGCUCGGCCGGUGGCUGGGUGCCCCCGUCUGCUGCAGUCAACAUGGUUGCUUCCUGGACGGGUGCCGGCCGUAACGGAAGAAGCGCGGAACCGAGGAGCCCGGGACCCAUGCCGAGCAGUGGUGGCGGCGGCGGCGGCGGCGGCGGCGGUGGUGGUGGUGGUGGUGAUGGCCAUCUCCCGCCAAGUGCCAGAGGAUACCAGCAGCCGCGGGUAAGCUCCGUUAGGGUGAGCGAGGGGCCUGUGAGGAGGGCCAUUGCUGGGUGA